AUAAAACGCGAGCGGACCGUUAUUGCUAGUCAGAGUCGAAAAGACGUUGUUCAAGUUUUUGUCAAGGAGGCAAAAAAUCUAAAACGCAUUGAAAGAAGAUACAAGAAGAUCCCGUGACAGCAGCGAUGAAGCAUAAAAUGGUGAUUGCGUUACAAUUUACUUUUUGCCUGGCUUUGAUUUACGGUUCAAUGGGAAAACCUUUGACAGCAGAGGAUGUCGAAGAUUUACUUCCACCGGCCCCGCGUGAUAAGAACGAAACGAUAGCUGCAGUUGUUCAGGAUCCAGUUGUUCAGGAUGCUGUGCAUCAUGCAGUUAGCAAUGGGUCUCUAAAUGGAUUGGUUGUUAAAAAGCAUGUAUUCAUAAUGCCAGCCACCAAUCCGACUAUGAUAUUAUCGAAACGUGAACAUCUGCUAGUCGUUCCCACCGAGAACUUGGAGGAUGUACGAAAAAACAUUACAGCAGCGAAAGAAGCAGAGGCUCAAGAAUCCUCAUCGCCGGAAAAUCAAGCAUUCUCCGAGGACGACGCAAGUGAAUACGCGCCAGAGAACAAUGAAAGCGGAUUAGAAGAAAAAGAGAACGAGUCCUUUCCAGAACAGAAUGUCGCCCAAUCAGUGCCACUGAAUGAGAAACUUAAAAGCGGAACUGAAUUUUUGAAAGACAAGCUUAAUAACGGAAUUGUGUUGCCGGAGGAUUCGUCUUCAAAGACGGUGGCCGUUCCCAUUGUCGCAAUUAUUGAUCCCUCGAACGCUGAGAAAGGCAAAGUGAAGAGUCCGAUCGUGGCCAUUUUGCCUAAUGAAGUUAAAAAUGAUCAGUUAAAUAACCAAGUAGAAUUUUUGAAAGACAACAGCGGGAAGAUUCAAAAAAAAGCUCAGGACUUUGUUGAUCAAAGUUCAUUGACAGUCAACUCUGAUUAUUCGAAAUCUUCAACACCAUCGGAGAUCAUCGUUGCUUCAUCACCAACAUAUAACAGCAACCCAAUGUUAGCCACAGACGGAAUGCUUGUAUCUCCAGUGGUAGUGUCGCAAUGGGCAAUGCUAGCACCAUCUCUGCAAAAUGAUCAAAUGGAUUAUUCCCAAGAAACAGGUGACAUGGAUGUAGCUGAAGAUAUUGUAUUUAGACCUCUGUUCAAAUACCGACAGGAAUCGCGGUCUAAAUACUAUGACAACAGUAAUCGACGAUACAGUUACACACCGUAUCGCGGUUAUAACAGUUAUUAUCCAAGACGCCCUUAUUUUUACAGACCUUGAUAUGACGAUUAUUAAAAACGAGGAGGAUUAGGGCAAGAAGAGGAA